AUGGAUAUGAACCACUUGAUUGGCCAGCGCUUCAAUCUGAUCUCAAAGAGCGAGAUUCGAUACGUCGGCACUCUCCACGAGAUCAACCCCGAGGCGUCAACGAUAGCUCUGGAGAAUGUCAAGUCAUUCGGUACCGAGGGCCGUCGCAAGAACCCGGCCGAGGAGGUCCCACCUUCCGCGAAUGUCUACGAGUACAUUGUCUUUCGCGGCAGUGAUGUGAACGAUAUCAGCAUUGCCGAUGAAGAGACAAAAGACAAUGCUCAGCCAGAGCCUCCCCGGGUUCCAGACGACCCAGCCAUCCUUGGCAACGUCUCGCGACCGGGCCCAAUGCCCAAUGCUCCUCCAAUGGGUACUCCUAGUCAGGGCCUUCCCUCCCAACCCUCCACACAGACCCCGCAGGGUGUUCAGCAAACCCCACCUGGAUAUCCUCCCCAACAACAAUUCCAGCAAGGUUUCUAUCCUCCUUACGGGCAACGUUUCAAUGGGCCUCCGCCUCCUUUCCCUCCUGGCCCCGGAGGUCCAGGUGGCUUCCCAGGCAACAUGCCUUAUGGUGCGCCCCCACCCGGCUGGUUUCCCCCUCCUGGCCACGGCUUCCCUCCUGGAGGUCCCGGUCAAUUUCCCCCUCAGAUGCCUCUCGGUGCACACAACCAGCCUCCUCAGCAGCGCCCCGGUCCUCCCAGUGGCCCCGUGCCUCAGACCACCUCUGAGCUCCCUAGCGGCGAUCCCAAGCCCACAAGCCGCCAUGCCACCCCGGCGGCUCAGAAGGCACCUACCCCGCCGGUGGAAUCAAAGCCGACGGUUGCGGAAGCUGUGCAUGGAUCCACGCAGGCUGCUCCUGCGCAGAAGAGUGGUCGGGUCAUGCCCGCUGUCCCAAUGACUGCGCCUCGUCCCGUGGCUCCUGCUCAAGGUCCCGCCCCCGUUGAUGCUACCCAGGCAGCGACCCAAGCUGUUGCAGCUGCGAUGGCCAAGCUGCCUCAGCCGGUGGCCCGAAAAAGCCGGCCCUUCAAUGGACCUCGUGCUCUCCGGGGUGGCCAUCAUCACCAGCAGCAACACCCGCACCCGCACCCACAUCCGCAUGCGCCCCGUGGUGGCCGCGGUGGUGCACGUGUCCAGCACAAGAAGAUCGAAGUUCCCGAGUCCGACUAUGAUUUUGCGACAGCCAAUGCCAAGUUCAACAAGCAAGACCUGAUCAAAGAGGCGAUUGCCACCGGGUCGCCUACCGCCGAGGUCGAAUCUCACGAUCUUGCCCAUCAAGCCGAGACCGACACCAAUGGUGCCUCGGCCGCUGCUACUCACAGCCUGUACAACCGCUCGACGUCCUUCUUUGACAACAUCUCCAGUGAGGCUCGCGACCGUGAAGAGAACGCCACCCGAGUGGGUGGUCGCGAGUGGCGCGGUGAGGAGGAGAAGCGCAACAUUGAAACCUUUGGGCAGGGCAGCGUGGACGGCUAUCGUGGCCGCGGCCGAGGUCGCGGUGGUCGUGGCCGUGGACGUGGUGGUCGCGGUGGCCGGGGUGGCCCGCGUGGGGGCGCCCGUGCUCCCUUCCCCGUUCAACAGGGUGCUUUUGGAGGUCUGAACUAA